AUGUUUACUCAAUUCUUUGAGUGUAAGGAGAACGGCGUUCUAGCCGCAUUAGAGGAUACGAGUGUUUUAGGCCUGCAAGCCCGGUUACCCGAGUUUAAAGCGGAGGACCCCGAGUUCUGGCUAGCCCAGGUCGAAGCACAGUUUAGGCUAGCUACAGUGACUAUUCAGAUAGCCAAAUUCACACAGCUCAUAGGUCAACUCCCGAGGUCUUUGGCCCCGGGUUUGCGCGACACAGUGUGUAAUCCACCGCCAGAUCGAACAUUUGAUGCUCUCCGCGAUGCGAUCUUGGGCAGAUUUGGUAUGCCAUUCGAAUUCCGCCUCAAACAACUGCUAGGCGGCCUGCGUCUCACAGACAACGGUCUCGACACCACGACAAAACUUCUAAGUUAUAUGCAGGGUCAGAUCGCUAGUCUAAACGUCGAUGAGAAUAUAGUCUGCCUGUCUUGGGUGGUGGCGUGGCAUCCCAACUAUUAG